UAUCGAUCCCCUUCGCGAGCUUCAGGCCGACUCCUGUUGGAUACAAUUCCCUUGCCAAUAUUAUACAAGAAAUGUCAAACCUCGCCCUUCUCUCAAGCAAAAAUUAGCUGCCCGAUGUUGUCGACGUAUUCGUCGAAGUUGCCGCACAUAAUGGCACAAAGGCGAUUGGUCCAACUGCUGCAUGAGCUCUCCCGAGCCCCAGCGCAGAUUGGAACGUUGAAACUUGGAGACAUAAACUUUCCUGUUCACGAAGCACUAACACCUUCACGUUUGUCACACGCGGGCAAUGUUAUCUUAGAGCCACAAGAUACCAUCAAUGCCAACAACUUGUAUUUCAUGUUGCAGAAAUACGUACUUGGGCAGGACAUAUUCCUUCUGUCGCAGCCAGGUCCCUAUGCUCGUCGACUCGCAAUGACGUUUUGCAGUAUCACAAAUUUGGAAUAUGAAUAUAUUGCCUUGCAUCGGGACGUUGGAGAGACAGAGCUCAAACAAGGCCGAGAACUCAGACAUGGGGGCAACUUGGUAUAUGUCGAUAGCGCCGCGGUGAAGGCCGCCAAGUACGGCCGCAUCCUCAUAAUUGAAGGAAUAGAGAAAGCCGAGCGUGGUAUUAUGCCUCUCCUGAACAACCUAUUAGAGAAUAGAGAAAUGAACCUAGAUGACGGGACACACAUCAUACAUCCUCAACGUUUCGCACUUCUCGACCCAAGCGAAGCCAAAUCCGGAAGGCGAUUUGUUCCAGCACACAAGAAUUUUAGAGUAUUCGCGAUUGCGGCCCCGGUUCCUCCCUAUACGGGAUACCCUAUAGAUCCUCCAUUCCGCAGUCGCUUCCAAGCUCGCUUCGUGGAUCCAGUCGGCUCUAUGCUGUCUUUGCAAACGUCCGCCAAUGCGUCGGAACCCGCGUUUUAUGAAAAGUUCCGUGAUAUCAUUCUGACUACGCAGGAUGCAAGCGAGACGCACCAUCAAGUCGAUGCAGCUGCAAAGUCUGCACUUCAAGCAUUCCCUCAAACCGCGCUCGCCAAAUUGCGAACACUUCUUGCGGCGUUCCCUCCUUCUUCUUCAUCGCCAGCUUCGUUGGCUAGGCUGACGUUGACGCUGAAUCCGGCUCUCAUCCAUUCGCCGUUCGUCGCGUGGGCCACACUCUCAAAACAUAUGGAAGAUGCGGGCUUGGGGGCUCUCGGAAGCCCUUCGCUAACCGGCGAGGGCGACAACCUAGGCUAUAUGGGAUACCGCAUUGUCCGCAUUGAGCGUAUCACCAGCGACAAAGCCCAUCUCUACUUUGAAACUGCUGACGGGAGGAAGAAGGUCACUCUUGAAGCCCCUGCAGGACCCAGACAUCUGCUCGAAUUCCCUUUCAGCGACAGAAGUCAUUUAGACUUCUUCCCGACAGACCGAUUUCUGGGUCUCUUGACCUGUAUGCUGCAAGCCCACGCGCUUGGCUGGGACAUCUCAUAUGUCCCACCUGCGCUUCCAUCUACGGCCUCAUGCUCAACCUCGACUCUGGUGCAGGUCUUUGGCGCUCUGCUAGGUUACGAAGUCGAUACCGUCCAUAUGUACAAGGAAUUGGGCGGUCGAGAGCUUGUCAUGCGGCGCAAGGUCGAGGAAGACGGGACGACAACAUGGGAACCGAGCCCACUGAUCGACGGGGCUUGGACUGGAAGAUUGGUGCAUUUGGCCGGGAUCGACGUCCUAGGCUCCACAGCAGGUUCAAUCGCAAGACUCGUGCAAGACAGGGAGUUCGAGUUAUGGGAAGGCAAGCGCAUAGUCGCUCAUGCUGAAAAGGAAGAGCUCGAAUCCGGAGAGCUCUCUAUGGCUCACCCGUCUUUCCGCAUCAUCGCGACAGCGUCGAAAUCGCAACCUCUCAAGGACUGGCUUUCUGACGAACAUGCCAAUAUGUUCUUCCCCAUUCCUUCGCAACCCAUGUCGGUAGAGGAAGAGUUCACAAUCCUUCAACAGACGGGAUGUCCGGAGAAUCUAACAAGGACUUUACUUUCCUUCGCAGAGAAGUAUCGAUCAAGCAUGACUUCUGAUGUGGUGCAGAAGAAUCGCAAGCUUGGUACUCGGGCACUUCUAAGACUAUCACGACGUCUUUCGAGAUUCCCCUAUGACUCGGAUUUGAGGACAUUAUUGAGCCAGGCGAUUUUGGCAGAGUUCUUGCCGGCUACUGAGACAAUGAAUCUGGAUGUUAUCUUUGAGGAUUGUGGUAUUCCGAAACGGACACCUCCUUACAACCCGCCCCCUGUCGUUCGGGACAACAGCGUAGAAUUCCCAGAACCUAGCGACCCUUUACGUCCAUCAUCUACCUCAAUAUUCAUACCGCAGUUCGAUGCAAGCCAGGAUCCGGACGGUGUAGCCUCACGUAUUCCUCAUAUGGAUCACUUCUAUGAUAAUAGUCUGCAAUCUGGUUUAAUGCGUGAUCUGGCCAUUGACCUGGAGAUCUUGGGCGAGCAUUUGGUGCUCUUGGGAAAUCAGGGUGUAGGAAAGAAUAAAAUUGUCGACCGGUUGUGCCAACUCUUACGACGACCACAAGAGUACAUCCAACUCCACAGAGAUACCACUGUCAAUCAGUUGAUGUUCCAAACAUCCCUGGAAGGGGGAGUGAUCAAAUAUACCGACUCACCUCUCCUACGCGCCAUCAAGUUAGGACGUGUCAUUGUUGUUGAUGAAGCGGACAAAGCGGCAGAACAUGUUGUUGCUAUCUUCCGAAGCCUUGCAGGACAAGGCGAGCUCACGUUGUCUGAUGGACGUCGGGUUAGGCGUCAAAAAGAGCGCGACAACGAUGUCGUCGUACACCCGAACUUCAGGCUUAUUUUGUUAGCCAACAGACCUGGGUAUCCAUUCCUGGGAAACCACUUCCUGCAAGUGCUAGGCGAUAAUUUCAGUUGUCAUUCGGUUUCAAAUCCAGAUUUGGCCAGCGAGCGGAAAUUACUCUCUCAGCUAGCUCCCGAGCUAAGUCAAGAUUUGAUUCUUCGUCUGGUUGCGGUUUUCCAAGAUCUUCGGCAUGCGUACGAGGCUGGACGUCUAAUAUAUCCAUAUUCACUGAGGGAGCUAAUAAAUCUGGUGAAGCAUAUUAAAGCCUACCCGAACGAUUCGCUAGAGACGACAGUUCGGAACGUAUUCGACUUCGAUGUUUAUAAACCGGACACAAUCAACAUACUAGCUGAUAUCUUGGAUCAUCAUGGAUUGGUUGUCAAGCGUUUGGGCCUAGACGCGGCAAGGGAGGCAGCCCAGAAGAAAGUGUUGGAUAUGAAGUAUGAACCCAAAGGCAAUACCGAUCUGGACAAACCAAAAUUCGGCAAGGAAGACCCUGACAAUGAGCCGCAUACCGGAGGGAAUAAUUGGGCAGGAGGCACUGGAGGAAGGGAUACGGCUGGCCUUGGUGGACGCGGAGGCUACAUGCGGUUGUACAAGGAGCAUAAUAUCAACCAGAUUCCGGACACUUUGAAGAAUAACGUUCCAGACCAUAUCAAAGAACAGGCUCGUGAGAUGGCUCGUCAAGAACUCGCACGACGUCUCGAGGAGCUUAACAUGAACGUUGGGGAAGCAAAAGGUUAUGGUGCACUUCUCGAAUCAGUACAAGCGCAUAUUGUCCGCCUGUACGAUCUACUUGAAAAUCUUUCCGCCAAGGAAGAAGAGCGAGUAUGGGUGAAACGGCAGACGGAUGGCGAACUCGAUGAUAGUCGCUUGACUGAGGGGUUGACUGGAGAGUCCACUGUCUACAAGCGACGGGGAAUGGCUAAGCCAGAAGUGGGUCGACCCCAGAUCAAACCCAAGCGUAUUCGAUUCUUGUUCGAUAUCAGUGCUUCGAUGUAUCGCUUCCAGUAUGAUGGUCGCCUCCAGAGAAGCAUGGAGACAGCUGUUAUGAUAAUGGAGACGUUCAACCGACUGACGCGGAAGGACAAGUAUGUCUGGGAUAUCUAUGGACAUUCUGGUGAUUCUCCGACUAUCCCACUAGUAGAAGCGGAUAGCCCUCCAACGGAAGUUCGGGAUCGUUGGAAGGUGGUGGAAAAAAUGGAAAUGGUGACACAGUACACGUUUGCUGGUGACCACACAGUUGAAGCCAUUGACAAGGCUGUCACUGAGGUUGCGAAGUUUGAUGCAGAUGACUGGUUUGUCAUUGCAAUCACUGACGCCAACUUCGGUCGUUACAAUAUUACUGCGGAAGACCUGAAGCGCGUGAUGACUCGACAGCCCAAGGUCAACACUGCGUUGAUUUGUAUUGGAGAAGGGGCCGAGGCUUCUUGGAUACCCAAGCAACUUCCAGGCGAAGGUUUCCGUGUAUCAAAUACUGCCGAUAUUCCGGCUGUUCUUAGAAGCAUUCUAUCUACAAUGGUUGAUAGAUAGUCCAUUCCGUAUUCGUUUUGCGAAAUCAUGUUGGAAAAUGUUGUGACAGAAAUGAACUAGGGCAGUUGCCUACUUCGGUGCUUCCCCGCAUGACUGAAUGAGC